AAGCUGAAGCCCUCUUCGUUCACAACAAUAUUUAGAAGAAUGUCAACAGGACGUGAAGUUUAUAUCGCAGCUGCUCAACGUACACCAAUAGCUUCUAUCAAUGGUGCAUUAGCAACUGUAACCGCACCACAAUUGGGUGUUGUAGCAGUUAAGAAGGCACUUGAGAACUCUGGUGUACCAGCAGACGCUGUAGAAGAAUUAUACUUCGGUCAAGUACUUCAAGCUGGCUGCGGUCAAUCACCUGCACGUCAAGUCGUCAUCGGUUCAGGUUUGCCUGAUUCAGUUGAUGCUACAACUAUCAACAAAGUAUGUGCAUCAGGUAUGAAAGCUAUCAACUUGGGUGCACAAUCAAUCAGACUCGGUGAAAGGGAUGUCGUCAUCGCAGGUGGUAUGGAAUCUAUGUCAAAUGCACCAUACCUCCUUCCACGUCAAAAAGCACCUGUUGGACACUUCCAAACUAUUGACGCUAUCGUUGGUGAUGGUCUCUGGGAUGUUUACAACAAUGUCCACAUGGGUAACUGUGCUGAAUCAGCUGCUAAGAAGUUUGAUGUUACUAGAGAAGAUCAAGAUAACUAUGCUAUUGAAUCAUACAGACGCUCAGCUGACGCUUGGAAGAACGGUCGCUUCGAAGAGGAAAUUGCCGAAGUUGUCGUAAAGACCCGUAAAGGAGAUGUAAUCGUUAAGGAAGACGAGGAAUACAAGAAGAUUCUUUUAGACAAAGUUCCAACUCUCCGUCCAGCAUUCCAGAAGGAAGGUGGUACCGUCACACCAGCAAACGCAUCAACAUUAAACGAUGGUGCAUCAGCUUUAGUUUUGAUCAGCAAAGAGAAGGCUGAAGAAUUGGGCAUCAAGCCAAUCGCAAAGUUGAUCUCACAAGCUGAUGCUGCAAUGGCACCAAUUGAUUUCCCAAUUGCACCAACUAAGGCUCUUCCAAUUGCACUUCAAAGAGCUAACGUUGAGGUUAAAGAUAUCGCCAAAUUUGAAAUCAACGAGGCUUUCUCAGCUGUCGCCAAGGUCGCAGAGAAGGCACUCAACCUUGACCCAUCAAAGGUUAACGUCAAUGGUGGUGCAGUAAGCUUAGGUCACCCAAUUGGUAACUCAGGUUCUAGAAUUGUCGUCAGCUUGAUCCACCAAUUAGCCGCAGGUGAGAAAGGUGCAGCUGCUAUCUGUAACGGUGGUGGUGCAGCAACUGCUCUCGUUUUAGAAAAGCUCUAGAAUUGUUUUCUAUUUAGGAUCUUUUUAUAUAAUUUAGCUAGCAUAUACUUUGAAAUAUAUCCACAUUU